AUGCCUCGAUCCACAUUGUCCCUGUCGAAAAACACCUCGCCGAAUGAGAGAAGCAGACGCAAAAUUUGGGGACCACUUGGUCUUGCCGAUGAAUCUGGGCCCAAUGCUACAGGGAUCAUGGCAGACCGCACUACUGUCCUAAACCUCCUCCGCACAAUCUAUGACCCUAUACUCGCGCGAUUCAUUGCACUAACUAAUAACCCUCAGCAAGUACUUUUCCACAACAGACGCGCUCCCCGCCAAGUUCAGGUAGCUCUUUUCAAUUAUUUGGGACACCUGCCAGCUCGUGUCCUAGCCGCUGAGCCUGAUCGUUGGGAACUUGUUUAUCAUCUCUACACUUUGCUCAGAUACCUGCGAUUUACUGAUCGCGCUUGGGAUGCUCCUCUGGCCGUCCCUUUGCCUGCGCUUCCUGAAUUGCCCGCUCCUGGUGUUCCGUCUCGCACCGUCAAUGUCCCGACUGGGUUCCCUGGUAGCAGGACCCCCCAAGGUGGUUGGCCUCCUGGUCCUGUCAAUUCUCCCCAGCUGCGCGCCGCUUCCCUCGAUCCUCUCCCCGCUCUCCCCGCUCCCGCUGCUCCUGCUCCCGCUGCUCCUGCUCCCGCUGCUCCUGCUCCCGCUGCUCCUGCUCCCGCUGCUCCUGCUCCCGCUGCUCCUGCUCCCGCUGCUCCUGCUCCCGCUGCUCCUGCUCCCGCUGCUCCUGCUCCCGCUGCUCCUGCCCCCGCUGCUCCUGCCCCCGCUGCUCCUUCUCCCGCCGCUCCUUCUCCCGCUGCUCCUUCUCCCGCUGCUCCUUCCCCCGCUGCUCCUUCCCCCGCUGCUCCUACCUUCCUUACUCGUGUCCGCGCUGCUCUUGCCCCCACUGCUCGUGCUCCCGCCGCCCCUGCUCCCGCCGCUCCUGCCCCCACUAUGCUUCAAUUUGGUCCCCUUCAACCUCCAGGUUCAAUCCUUCCUCUCCCCGUUCCUACUGGUAUCCCCGGCCAUCGCCCCUCUGCUCCUCCUCCCCGUUUUCCUGUCACGAGUAUUGCUCCCGAACUUGUUCAUGCUCCCAUUCCUUCUAUUGAAUAUGAUGAUACUGCUCAUAGUGGUGGUCCUAAUUUUCGCCUCCCUUCCAUCCGUUCUAUCAUCCCCGGUCUUCCUACCGCUUCUCGCCCCGGCGCUAGUCCUCGCAUCAAAGAGGAGCCUGAGAUCAAAGAGGAGCCUGAGAGCAGUCCUCGCAUCAAACGGGAGCGUGAAGACGAUGACGGUGAGGGCGAUGCGCCCCCCGCUAAAAAAUGA